AUGAUCGAAGACUCUGCACCUGAUCCUCAUACAGCUGAUAUAGUUACAGCUGUGCAAUAUGGCUAUUUCGAUCGUGUGGUUGAUUUAAUUCAAAACGGUUUUAAUGUUAACACCUUAUUGCCUGACAAUAUUACUUUAUUGCAUUGGGCAGCUAUCAAUAAUCGUGUUGACAUAGCAAAAUUUCUAAUUGAGAAUGGUGCAAAAGUUAAUUGUAUAGGUGGAACGUUGAGUUCAACACCGCUUCAUUGGGCGAUACGAGAUGGAAAAUUAGAAGCGGUUGUAUUGUUAUUAUCUUAUGGAGCUAAAGCUGAUAUUGUAGACGGAGAAGGAUUUUCGAGUCUUCAUUUGGCUAGUAUGUUUGGUCAUACAGCAAUGGUAGCCUAUUUGAUUGCAAAAGGACAGGAUGUUGAAACACUAGAUAAAAGUGGAAUGACAUCAUUGAUGCACGCUUGUUACAGAUGUCGUAGUCGUGAUCCUACUCAAUUACUAAUUCGUCUUGGUGCUCGUGUGAAUUAUCAAAAUGUUGAAAAUCAGAAUACAGCAUUACAUUAUGCUGUAAUGAGUAAUAAUGUUGAUGCUAUUCGAUCGUUACUGGACAAUGGUGCAUCAAUAAGUAUUAAAAAUUCAGAGGGUGUAGAUGUAUUUGAACUGGCAUUAAAACAUGAAAAUCAGAGUUUAACAUAUAUCAUAGCUCAAUUAACUUACGACAACAAUGAUAAACCAAUAUGGAUGCCUCAGAAAAGUGAUCCUGGCGUUAUACAAUCAAAACGCGAUCAGCAAUUACGUACUAUUAUUCAGAUGAUCGAACAGGACACAUUUCAUCUUGAUACAUUUUGUACAUCAUGUCUCAUUUAUCGUCCAUUAAGAUCAAAACAUUGUAGUGAAUGCAAUCGUUGUGUAGCGAAAUACGAUCAUCAUUGCCCCAUUGGAAGCGGUUAUACGACAAAUGAACGAAUGAACAUCUGGCGUUAUAAACAUUUUCGAACGCCGAAUGGAUCAUUUCAUAAUCCCUAUAGUUUGGGUAUUAUUCAGAAUUAUGUCGAUUUGAUUGGCUAUAAAAUAUUCUGUUACAAACCCACACAGAUAGACUGGACUAAAAUUUAUACCAUUGAUGAUUUUAUUAAUAGUCGUACAAAAAAAGAACCUAUAAGAUCAAUAUCAAUUAUGGCGACUAAACAUAAUAUUAAUCUACAACAAUUUAAGCAACGUACUGAACAACUCAAAACAGAUGUUGAACAUGUUGUACGUAAAAUGCCAGUUGUAUUGACUGAAGAACAAUUAGUUCGUUUAAAAGAACAUAAAUAUGCGUCAGAAGGUAUUACGUUAUUUGAUCCACUUAUGCAAAAAUUUUGGACAUGGCUCGUUCAAUAUUGUCCACUAUGGGUGGCACCUAAUCUAUUGACAAUUGUUGGACUAGCAUUAAAUAUUGGAACAAGUAUUCUGUUAAUGGUGACAACUGACGGAGCAAAAGAACCGUGUUCUCGAUGGAUGUACAUAUUUACAGCAUUUGGGUUAUUUUUUUAUCAAUCACUUGACGCCAUCGACGGAAAACAAGCAAGACGAACCAAUUCUCAGUCGCCUCUAGGAGAGCUUUUUGAUCAUGGAUGCGAUUCUGUGUCGGCUGUUUUUGUCACAAUAGCCUGCUGCUGUGGCGUUCAGUUGGGCGUCUAUCCCUGGUUAAUGUUUUGGGCUUGUAUGUUUUCUUAUUUUGCAUUUUAUUGUGCACAUUGGCAAACUUAUGUAUCCGGUAAACUUCGUUUUGGAAGACUUGAUUGUACAGAAGCACAAUUUAGUUUUAUCACUGUUUAUAUAAUUAGUGGCAUAUAUCCCGAAUUUUGGACUAAAUCUAUUCCAUUUCUUCAAUUUGAAUUUCGUAUAUUUGCUGCGGUUCUAAUAAUUGGUUCAACAUUAUGGAGUUCAUAUAAUAAUUGCAGUACAAUAGCAAGAGGGGGAUGUGGAAGAAACGGAGCAUCGGUUGCUGGUACCAGCAUUGUAUUUCCAGCUAUUCCAAUAUUUAUCUUGAUUGCAUUCAGUAUGGCCGCUGCAAAUUGUUCAAAAGCUGAUUUAUUAGAAGAACAUACAUCAUUAUAUCUUGUUGCGUAUGGAUUUGUAUUUUCGAAAAUAACAAAUCGACUUAUUGUUGCUCAUAUGUCAAGAAGUGCAUUAAACACGUGGGAUAGUUCUUAUGUUGGGCCACUCGUUUUAUGUAUAAAUCAAUACCUGAACACAACAAUCAACGAACAUAUUAUUCUAUGGUUAUUUGUAGUCUAUUCCGUAUUUGAUUUGUUGAGUUCCUUUAAUGAUCAACCAGUAACAUUUGAACAAGCACUCGCCCGUUAUUUAGAAUAUAAAGAACGUUUUGAAAAAAUUGAAAAUGAUUAUGAUGAAUUUCAAACAUCAUCGUUAACGUACGAACAAGAAUUAGAGACUCAACUAGAACAAUUGACACAGCAAAAUCGUCGAUUACAAUCGGAUUUAUUUCAGGAGCGUACAACUAACGAACAAUAUCACGAUAGAACAGAACAAACACUAAAACAAUACGACAAACGAAUAGAUCAUUUGCAAAAUGAAUUAACUACAAAAAAUAGUUUAAAUGAAAAGUUAACAAUGUACAUUCGAGAAUUAGAACAGCAAAAUGAUGAUUUAGAACGAGGAAAACGAACAUUGGCUGUUAGUUUAGAAACGUUUGAAAAACAAUUAAAUCAAGCAUUAGAACAUAAUGCACUAUUAGAAAAUGAAUUAGACGAAAAAGAACAGCUAGUUGAAACAGUACAACGAUUAAGAGAUGAAACAAGAGAUUUAAGAGAAGAAUUAGACGUACUACACAAAAACAAACAAUCACCAACAACGACAAACCAUGAUGAAACAAUAAAUAGCAGUAGAAUGAAAAGUAUAUUAGAUAUGACAAAAGCAGAAAUGGGCGUGCAACUAAAACAACAAGUCAACGGUCAACAGCAGUUCAAAUCCAACACAACUUCUUUAUCAAGUAAUAAUAAAAAUGGAUUUCCAUCUAAAAAAUCACCAUCAUCAUCAGUAAUAAAUACAGAGUUCACAAAAAUCGCCAUACCAACAUCAUUAUCUUCAAAAUUAUCUAAUGUUUCUUCACAAACCGAUAGUAAUGGUGGAACUACAAACGGAGGAUUAUACGCUGAUAUAUCGACACCUGUAACGAUCGGCACACGAAUUCAUGCUUUAAACAUGAUAUCAGAAGCAUUUCGUCGUUUUUCAGCUAUUGAAGCAACAUUAGCUGCACAGCGAAAAGCGUCACAAAGACCACGUGGAAACUCGACAGUAACAUUGAAACAACAACAGAAUAAUUAUGUAAAUAACAAUGAAACUGCAACAUGA